AUGCCAGAUAACUCUAUUGAGUUUGAAGAUAAUUUCAAAAAGCAGUUCAAAUAUUACAAGGCUAAUAGGGUUAAACCUUCUUUUCAUGAUGUUAUGUCGGUUGAUGUUCUCAAAGAUAACGAAGUGAUCACCGUUACACCUCUAAACGCAGAAACUGACCCGCGAGGUGCUUUAUUAGGACUUCAAAAACAGUCACUAUGGCAUACGUUUGCUUUCCAAAAUCACCCUGGCUUACUUUUGAUACGAAAUCCAUUCACAAAUGCAGGUCAAAGAUACUGGAUACAAAGAUGCCUACAGGAAUAUCCAAAAAAGCCAAAUAAACUAAAUAUUGAUAUAGAAACGAAUGUUCAAGAUUGGUGGUUGGAGUGUUUUAAAGACGGAGAGUGUAACAGAGUUUUACAGAAGAAAUUGAGAUGGACUACUUUGGGAUAUCAUCACAAUUGGGAUACAAAAGUAUACAGUGAUGAAAGUAGGACUCCAUUUCCAGAGGAUUUAUUAGAAUUAUCUGAUGUGGUGGCCCAGUACCUUGGCUACACCAACUUUAAAGCAGAGGCAGCAAUAGUCAACUAUUACCAUAUGGAUUCUACUUUAUCAGCACAUACUGACCAUUCAGAAGUUAAUUUGGAGGCUCCUUUGUUGUCUUUUAGUUUUGGACAAUCAGCAAUCUUCCUAAUAGGAGGCAAGAACAAAUCAAUAGAACCUUCUGCUAUCCUACUUCAAAGUGGAGACAUUAUAAUAAUGUCCAAUGAAGCCAGGUUAUGCUAUCAUGCUGUACCUAGAAUUGUCCCUACAGAAUUUUCUCCCUGGAAUCACGAAAACCUGGAAAUUCCAGAUAAUACCUCUAGUGUUGUAAAUUUCAAAUAUAUUUCCAACCCAAGCCAACUUAUUGCCGUUAUGGAAAAAUGUAUAAAUAAUGAAAUGUGGAAUCAAUUUAACAAUUACAUAGAGGAAUCUAGAAUUAACAUGAAUGUAAGACAAGUAUUAAAUGAAAGUCAGAUUAGUAUAACUGAUGAAAAAUUUAAUAACAAAUAAAUGGCAUUAUUCUAUAUUUUGUUUUCUUUGCACUGAUAAUUUUGUAAUUUCAUUUGAAUUUAUAAAGUACACAUUACACAUGAGAUCCUUGCUUAUUACAUACAUUUUUGGUCCUUACA